AAUGGCUGUCAGUAUAAAUAUGAAUCGCGAUGUGCCCGGAUCAGGAGGAAAAGUUUAUUCACAACUUUCUAUAUAUUAUUUACUGCAAUUUGUUAAAGUCCCGCCUAUAUUUUGCAACUUUUCUAAGUACUGUAUCAGAUAAUAUAAGGUCAAAUACGGUGCUAUUCUGGAUAAUUAAUUGAAUUAGAUGUGGUAAAUUCUGUGUGUGGACAUCACAUCUAUUCUGAAGAAAGACUGAAUGGGCAGGAUUCAGAGAGGACGGACGUAGCUUCGGAACGAAACACAAUUUGAUAUAUUUCACUUAAAGCUUGUGUCAUCGGCCAACAAAAGCCACAUAAUAUAUCUAUUUGAGACCAAAGAGUAAUAUUAUUGUCUUGACAUUGUUCUGGUGAACUUAUUAUUGCCAGGUUGCAGGCCGACAAACUAAAUUUAGGUUUUAUUUUAUUAGGCUUGUCUAAAAAUAGAAAUAGGACACAAAUUGUUACAACAAAGAUUUUCAAAGCUCAAACAAGAGAAGGGUUCCGAAACCGGGCAGAAUAAGGAAUAGACUGGGUUGUAUAGAUCUGGCCUAUGACAACCAGACUUGACCGACUGUUCCUGCUUUUGGAUACUGGAUCUACUCCAUUGAUCCGGAAAUCAGCAGCUGAACAGCUUGGAGAAGUUCAAAAACUUCAUCCUUAUGAACUCAAUAAUUUAUUAUCAAAGGUGCAUGUAUACCUUCGUAGUUCUAAUUGGGAUACAAGAAUUGCUGCUGGACAGGCAGUGGAAGCCAUUGCUAAGAAUGUUCCACAAUGGGAACCAAGAGGUGCUCCAAAAUCAGAAGCAGGAACUGCAGCAGCACAAUGUGCUGGAAAAAUCCUGUUUACCCAGUUUGAUGUUAAUAAAGUUUUAGCUUUUGGUGCCAGUUUACUGGGCUCAGAGGGUGGACAAUAUGAUGUGGUACAGUCUGCCAUAGCUCUAGAUGAUAAAGAACGUUUAUCUCAACAAAGGCAGUUAUUAAAUAAACGUUUAGGAUUAGAUUUAGCUGGUAAUUUAGGUAUAGAAUCAGAUAACUUAUUUAAUGAUGAAGAUCUUCAUAUUGAGAACUUCAAUGGUCAAGUUUCUGGUCAACCUGCUUUCAACAAGCCUGUGGCUGAUUUGGUUAAACAACAGUUAAUGGAUGUAACUAGAGGAUUAAGUGCCAGAGAGAGAAAUCGAGCUAAAAGAAAGGCUAAACAUCUUGCUAAACAGAUCUCUAAAGAUGGAUCAAGUGAGAGUUCAGCUGCAGAUUUAGAUCCCCCUGCCAAAAAAACAAAACAAGACCCUGAAAAUAAUGGUACAUCGAGUGAUAAAACAUUAAUAGAUACUGGUGAUAAUACUCUUAAUCUAGAAGAGAUGGAUGAAUGGCCGUUUGAGACAUUUUGUGAAGUACUGAUGAAUGAUUUGUUUAAUAGUUCAUGGGAGAUUAGGCAUGGUGCUGCUACAGGACUUAGAGAAGUUAUAAAACAACAUGGUCGAGGAGCUAGUAAGUCAAGUGAUACACCAUCAGAUCAGAUGACGGCUGUCAAUCAGAUAUGGUUAUCUGAUUUGUCUCUGCGUCUGCUGUGUGUUUUGGUAUUAGACAGAUUUGGUGAUUUUGUUUCAGAUGAGGUUGUUGCUCCUGUAAGAGAAACGUGUUCACAGAAUCUAGGUGUUGCGUUAAAGUUUUUAGAUGUAGAAGGGGUACAGGGUGUUACAAGUGUUUUAUUACAACUGUUAUCACAGAGUCAGUGGGAGGUACGACAUGGUGGUCUAUUAGGUAUCAAAUAUCUUCUAGCCGUUAGACAGGAUUUAACAGAUGCAUUAUUACCUAUUGUAUUACCAGCUGUAUUUCGAGGUCUACAGGAUCCAGAUGAUGAUGUCCGAGCUGUAGCAGCAGCAGCUUUGAUUCCUGUCAGCGACAAAUUAGUGUUGUUAAUGCCACAACAGACCCCUGUAGUAAUAGAUUGUUUAUGGCAGACAUUGUUAGAUUUAGAUGAUUUAACAGCAUCAACUAAUAGUAUUAUGAUAUUAUUAUCUACUCUGUUAUCUAAACCAUCAACAACCACAACCAGUACAUCUCAAGCCUUAUCCGAACUAACACCAAGAUUGUGGCCAUUUUUUCGACACAAUAUCCUGUCAGUACGUAAAGCAGCUCUAGAAACAUUUUAUACGUUGUUAAAUAUACCAGAUCAACAGCAACCCGUGUCUCAGUGGUUAACACCCAUUUUAUCAGAUGCUUUGCGCCACAUAUAUCAACGUAGUUUAUUGGAAAAUGAUGUGGAUGUAUUAAACCUAGUUCAGAAAGUUUGGUCAGUGUUACUAGAAAAAGCACAACUAGACUACCUCAUUGUUGCUUCAGUGCCUUGGUUAGGAGUAUGGCUCUGCCUUCUUAUGCAACCAUCGAGAACCCCAUUUGAACCAACUUAUUUGUUAGAAGCUAAACAUAAAGUGAGGGAGCAGACUGUAGGAAAGCGUUGUCCAUCAGAUUCUGGACCUAUAUUAGAUAAAGAUAAUCGUGAAUAUAUAGGUGGUGCACAGUCAUUGAAUAAAACUAUAGUUGAACGAGAUAUUGAUGUGAUGAGAUCUAGAAUAGCUGGUACAAAAUUGUUGGGUUUAUUAGCAGGUUACAUUACAAAGCCUGUACCAAAUUAUCCUAAAGAUGCCGAAAAACCGGUUGAUUCACUGAGAAAACUGUUUAUAUUUCAUUUAAAUACUAAAUCGGCUUUACAACGAUAUGUUAUUGGCCAGGUUUUAUAUCAGUGGGCAUUGCUCAAUAAAAAUUGUGAUUGUCCAGAAGAUGUUAAAACUAAGUUAUUGGAAUGUUUAAGUGAGGCUAUAUAUUUUGAUGAAAUAGCUUUAGCUUUUACCAGAAUGCAAUCUGAUUGUCGAGAUUUUAUAGCCUCAUUAAAGCAACAAGGUGUAGAAAUGGAUUCACUUUUUCCUCCUGCAUCUAUCUUAAGUCUUGAUCAAGCAGGACAACUGACGUCAACUGUAUUUGAUCAGGUAAAAAUUUCAUUGAAACCCAAGGUGCUGCAGAUGCUGGAUGACAGACGAAAACAAUUACAGAUAACUGUCACUCAAACAACAUUAGAACAACAGACAUUAACUGUUCGAGUGUUAAGUAGUCUGGCUAUGGCAGCAGUAGUACUGUCUGUUUUUCCUGAGAAAUUAAAUCCUGUUGUACGGCCAUUGAUGGACUGUAUCAAGAAGGAAGACAAUCGAAAUAUCCAGGCAGAAGCAGCCAAGUCUUUAGCCAGAAUGAUUGAGUUUGUUCUUGAGAAGAAUCCUAACCCUAUUUCUAAAAUAAUUAAAAAUCUAUGUAAUUUCUUAUGCUGUGAUUCAUCUUAUACUCCAUUAGUACACCAACCUAUAGCAGUCAAGACAACAGAAAAUCAGCCACAUGAAGUAACCUGUGAUAUAAAUACUGGUAUUUUAACAUUAAGUAAUUUACAGAAGGCUCCCGAAAAGAAUAGAAAAUGGUUACGUAGAAGUUUAAGUAUUAAAUCAGCAGACGUUGAUGUACCUAGUGAAUUAUUACAAGAAGAUUCUGAGGUUCAACAGAUGUUAAAGAUACAGCGACGGGGUGCUGAUGUAGCAUUAUCUACUAUAUGUGCUUAUUUUAGUGAUAAAAUGCAGACUAAAGUACCAGUAUUGUGGGAAUGUUGUAUAAAUCAACUAUUAACUGUACAGGAUACCAAUAAAAAUUCAGAUGAUGAAAAUUUGUCUCAAGAACUAGUAAACUCAUUGCAAGUUUUAGAAACUGUUAGUUCUUCUUUUCAUUCCACAGUAUUAGCUCAGGUUAUAGCAAAACUUCCAUUGUUAUCAGUUUGUUUACAACAUAAAUAUACAGCUGUACGACAUAUUGCAGCUAGAUGUAUAGCUACAUUAUGUCAACUCCAAACACAUCAUACUAUGCAUUUUAUUAUAGAAACUAUUAUACCCAUGUUAGCAUCUACAGACAGUGAAAUAAAACGCCAGGGUGCCUCCGAAGCUCUAGCAAAUAUAAUAGAGUUAUUAGGUAUAGAUAUAUUACCAUAUAUAGUAUUACUAGUUGUACCUAUAUUAGGUUGUAUGUGUGAUCAAAAUGAAGCCGUUAGAUUAAUGGCUACUCAUUGUUUCGCUAAUAUGAUACGUCUCCUGCCAUUAGAGGCUGGUAUACCAGAUCCACCUGAAAUGAAUGCUGAAAUGAUAGAAAGAAAAGAGAAACAGAGAGAGUUUUUAGAGCAAUUAUUAGAUGGUUCUAAGAUUGAGUGUUAUAAAAUAACAGUUGAUAUUAAAGCUGAAUUACGUAAAUAUCAACAAGAUGGUGUUAAUUGGUUAGGUUUUCUAAAUAAAUAUAAAUUACAUGGUAUAUUAUGUGAUGAUAUGGGUUUAGGCAAAACACUACAAUCUAUAUGUAUACUAGCUACAGAUCAUUAUCACCGUGACACAAAACAUAAGGUUAGUUCCAUUUAUUUUUAUUCUGUGUCUUCUCAAAUGGAUCAGUUACAGAAGAAAUUAUCGAGAGCUGUGAAACAGUUGACCUGUAAUCAUAGAUUAAUAUUAUCAGGAACUCCCAUACAGAACAAUGUCUUAGAUCUGUGGUCUCUAUUUGACUUCUUGAUGCCAGGAUUUCUUGGCACUGAGAAACAAUUCCAAGCUCGUUAUGGUAAACCUAUCAUACAGAGUCGAGAUGCUAAAAGUACAACAAAAGAUCAGGAAGCUGGUGCCUUAGCUAUGGAAGCUUUACAUAGACAAGUUUUACCAUUUGUGCUGCGUAGGUUAAAAGAAGAUGUUUUACAAGAUUUACCACCCAAAAUUAUACAAGAUUAUUAUUGUGAUCUAAGUCCACUACAGGUUGAACUGUAUGAAGAUUUUGCAAGAUCUCGUGCUAGAAAUGAUAUAGAUGAAACAGUUACUUCUCAAGAUGGAAAAGAGAAGAAAAGUCAGGCACCUACUCACAUAUUCCAGACAAUUAUUAAAUGA